UCAACCCACAGCAGACAGUGACGGCUUUCCUGCCUUUCUUUCCUCUCACCAGAUGCCCGUCACAGGCUCGUCCCAUGGCCCUCGUUUCUGCUGAUUCCCGAAUUGCAGAGCUUCUCACAGAGCUCCAUCAGCUGAUCAAGCAAACCCAGGAAGAGCGUUCGAGGAGCGAGCACAACUUGGUGAACAUCCAGAAAACCCAUGAGCGAAUGCAGACUGAGAACAAGAUCUCUCCUUAUUACCGGACAAAGCUGCGUGGUCUCUACACAACUGCCAAGGCCGAUGCAGAGGCUGAGUGCAAGUGAGUACCAUCCCCGGGGCUGCCGUCCCAUCCCUGACCUCUGUUCUGGACCACACGUGACUGGAGGCCACAGCCCCAG